GGUCCUGCUGGGCCCGCUGACGCCCCCGGGAGCAAGGUGGCCUGGACCCCGGCUCAGCCGGAGGCUGGGGCACAGGUGGAGAAACCCCAGGAAGGUUCUCUGGGCUCCGGCGUCCUGGGCGGCAGCCGGGCCGGGUCUUGGCCUGGAGUCAGUGCGGACCCCGGCGCUGCCCCGAACACGCUGGGCAGACUCGGCCCGCGGCACCCCCGCUCCCCUCGCCGGCCCCAGGCCUCCAGUGCCCAGUGCCGGCGGCCCCAGGAAGCCACCGUCCUUCCGAUCCCCACGUCCUCCUGACUCAGGGCCCUCCUCGAAGGACACAGCUUUCUCAAACCCAAAGCCCCUCCGAGGCUGACCUCCUCGAGCUGCCCCGGCCGAGGGUCAGCCCGGGUGGGCGGCCGCCCACUCUGUCCAGCCCUCUGGGAGGACAGGGGGUGGGGGUUGCCCAGAGGCCUGGCGCCUGGGGCUCAGGAGGCCCCCCCUCCCCGGGGAGUUCCUGGCUCCUGAGGGCCGGCAGCUCCGGCGGCCCUGAGGUGGGGCUGCCCGUGGCCCUGCCUCCCACGCCCUGUCACCCACCAAGGAGGCUCUCUUGUGGGGAGAGGCAGAGAACGCCCGGCUCUGGCCACCGCCUCCGAGCCGUGCCCGCCGUGCCCGGGUAAGGCCUGCCAGCCGGGCGGGCCACGGGGUCAGCGCCAGGUGAGGACGCACCGCCUCUGGGGGGCUGCCACCCAGCGUUUGGGGCAACCCUCCCCUCCCAGGGAAGGCCCACGGAAACUUGCUCCCACUGGAGCCCAAAGGAUCCCAGGCGGGCCGGAGACAGAGGCCAACAGAGCAGGGAGAUGGGGCGCCCCCCAGAGCCCCACGGCGCCCCGGCCCCAGCGGGGACUGCAGCUGCGGGGGGCACCACGGCCGCACCCGGGCCGGUCCCGGGCCUCGUUGACGGGACGGCCUGGCCCCGCUGGACACUCGUGGCCGUUGCUGUCGCCACCGGCGUCCUCGCGGUGUCCUGCCUCCUCUGCGCCCUGUGCUGCUGCCGCCGCCGGCGCCGCAGGAGGAAGCCCGGGGACCAGGAGGCCGUGGGGCUGGGCAGUGCCCGGAGCAGCACCACCGCCCACCUGGUGCAGCCAGAGGUGGACGGCGGGGAGUCCGGCCCGGGGGGAGCCCCGCAGUGGGGGCGCCUGCAGCUGUCCCUGGAAUACGACUCCGGGAGCCAGGAGGUCAGGGUGGGCCUCAAGCAGGCAGUGGACCUCAGGGCCAGGGGCCCCGGCGGCACGGCAGACCCCUACGCCCGCGUGAGCCUGUCCCCCCCGGCCGGGCGCGCACACGAGACCAAGGUGCACCACGGCACACUCUGCCCGCUGUUCGAUGAGACCUGCUGCUUCCCCGUCCCGCCGCAGGAGCUGCCCCGAACCACGCUGCGGGUGCAGGUGCUGGACUUCAGGCGUUUCUCGCCGCACGAGCCCCUGGGCGAGCUCCGCCUGCCGCUGGGCGCCGCGGGCCUGCCGCACGUCCUGGAGCUCUGGCACCAGCUGGGCCCGCCGGGCGCCACCGAGGCUGAGCCGGCGGGGGAGCUGUGCGUCUCGCUCCGGUACGUGCCCAGCGCGGGCCGGCUGACCGUGGUGGUGCUGGAGGCCCGGGGCCUGAGCCCAGGGCUGGCAGAGCCCUACGUGAAACUGCAGCUGGCGCGGGGCCGGAGGAAGUGGAAGUCGAGGAAGACCUCUGCCAGGAGGGGCACGGCCGCCCCGUACUUCAACGAGGCUUUCACCUUCCUCGUGCCGGUCAGCCAGAUCCAGAGCGUGGACCUGGUGCUGGCCGUCUGGGCUCGGGGCCCGCGGCUCCGGGCCGAGCCCGUGGGCAAGGUGGCGCUGGGUGCCCGGGCCUCCGGCCAGCCCCUGCAGCACUGGGCGGACAUGCUGGCCCAUGCCCGGCGGCCCAUCGCCCAGUGGCACCGCCUGCGGCCCCCCGGGGAGGUGGACGAGGCCCUGGCCCUGCGGCCCCGACUGCGCCUGCCCUUGCCUGGCCCCUGAAGGCACCCCGGACCCCCCAGACUGACUUGUAGGAGCCUGUCCAGACUGCCCUGGGGCCACCGCAAUAAACGCUCGCUCCCACCCC